CACGAAAACUCACCACCACUCUUUCAGACGCUCUGAUCUAAAUAAUUCGUCCCCAAGAAGCUGGCUACUGCAAAUUUCGCCUGCAAAAACACGGGCAAUGGCAUCUACAUCGACACAGCCUCUAGUUGUAGCGACCAGUAUGACUCUGACACCGGUAAUGUCAUUGAAGGGCCACGAACGAGGUGUUUCAUGCAUGUCAUACUUCCCAGAUGGCAAGCAGAUCAUCAGCGGUUCCGGGGACAAGACUGCUCGAAGAUGGGAUCUACAGAAGGGUAAAGAGAUUGUGGAGGCACGAGAUGUUUGCGAAGAGGGCGUGUAUGCGGUGACGGUAUCAAGGGAUGGUCGAUAUGUUGCCACUGGUGGUGGAGAGAUGGAUACAGGGGAGCUCAAAGCCUGUGAGGUCGAGACGGGGAUCGUGAAAGCUUUUCGAGGCCACUCAGAGAGAGUUGCCUGUGUUGAUAUCUCCGCAGACAGCACACUACUGGCGAGCGGAUCAUGGGAUACUACAGCGCGAAUCUGGAGCUUGGACACUGGUAAACUCAUGGCUGGUCCAUUCGCGAUCCUUGAUUGGCCGGGCGCAAUUUUAUUUUCACCAGACUCGGAGAAACUCGCAGUAAAGUCAGAGGUGGGGACUUGCCUUGAAGUCUGGGAUGUCCACACAGAGACUUUGGAUAUCAGAGCAGGGAAAUCUGGUGGCAAUUCGAACAGGGCAUUUGCGCCAGUGUUCUGGACCAACAACCUGAAAAAGAGAACCAUCGUAGCGGCAUGCAACUUCACGAAUGAUGAAGAAGCUACAACGAUCAAUGAGUUUGACGCAUUGACUAUGGAGAUUGUUGGAGCUCCCUUCGAAGGCCACACCAAAUGUAUCACCGAUCUAGCACCUUCAUCUGGGGGUGCUCUCCUCGCUAGUGCUUCCCAAGAUCAUAGCAUCAAACUGUGGGCCUUCGAGUCCCGCCAGCUCCUCGCCUCUUUUCAUGUUCAGGAUGUCAACUUACUCAUGCCCUCACCUGACUCACGCCACUUGGCUUACACCAUCACUGGUCGCGACAUCUAUAUAUGCAACACUCCACCCGCUGUACUAACUGCGCUGGAAGCGCAAUCCACCCUCCAAAAAUCCAAUAAAACUCUUGAACGUUUACUUCAGUCAGAUGCAACCCGUCGUCCUGCUGGAGUGCGUCGUAACCCAGGGACGUUGCCUGCCAUAUCCUUCACCCCCAGGCGGCAAAGGCCUACAGCUACUACAGACCAGCAGCAACCGAUUUACCUUCGCCUUAGCAAGCUCUUUCACUUCUCCUCUCGUCAGACCAAUCAACCUCGUGAUCCCCUAGAUUUCCCUGCUAUGUUACCUCUUCCAUCCAAUCUAUCUCUCUCGCAGCAGGCCGCAACUCAGGUCGAUGAUUUCGAAAUAAGUUCCCCGUCUUACUCCUCAAACGGAGUUGCACAAUUUCUACGGCAGCACCUUCCUUUCCUCAUACCCAGACAUAGCCAUGGGCUACCGGUCGUUGAAGUUGCACCCGGGCGGAAAGUCACUGUAACCGUCUUGCUGCUGCCAAAUUACCUGAAUACAGGAAAGUCGACGAUACACGACAUCCUUCUAGCCAACAGCCCAGGGUACUGCAGGACGUUGAAUUGUCUGACACUGAUUCGCUCCCAGACGUGCAUUGGCUCAAGGCGUUCCUUUGCUAUUAUUCAUGCUUUUCUCAUGGUAGACUGAGGAUGCCACCACGAUGGCAUUUGGAGCGUGUUGACAUACCCCGCCAGGAUGGCGCGACGGGUAGCAAACAUAGCGGUAGUUAGCUCAAUGUGUACCCAUCUAAUACCCUUGGAUGUUUUCAGUCUUCUAUACCAGUACACCUUGCUGUCACUACUUCCUCGUCUGAGUGUUCAGACAGUGGAACUCUGGAAACGUGUAGAAUCAGCUGUCUAAGCACUUGUACUGAUUCUCGUUGUAUUCCAAUAUCGAGCAUCGAGGACCGGGUUGGUUGCUAGACGUUCCAAAUAAUUCCAGCUUACCGCUUGGUGCUAGCA